AGGACAGUGAGCAGGUAGAGACUGUCAAUGAGAUCCCAGGGGAGCGAGAGACAGUCCGGGAGGUAGACUUUUGGGACGGUGUCAUAACUGUACAAGGCGUCUCUCUACUUUAUCAACUUUAAAUGGAGACCACAAGGAGUUUGGACCACUUUUAUUCCGUACUUUUUGUGGUGCUUCUGCUCUGUACUCGUUGAUGAUUCUGAUAAACGAUUCAUUUUCCCUCGGUGUUCUCAGGAGGAUCGUAUGUUAUUUCUCACAGUGCAGCGGAGGCACUGGAUUCAGGGGGAAGCCUGUGUGUGGGGUUUCUUUUACAGCGAGUGGGUUUAAAUGAACAGCGGCUGUAGAGAAUAAGUUGAUGGGUCUGCUAUAAUAACCAAGUUAUAGUCUAAAUGAAGUAAGCCAUUUGCUUUAGUUAAUAAUUACAUAAAGCGGUGUACUGAAUUUAACAACUUCUUCGAGGAUUAUUUUUCGCAACUCGUUGGUUGUAAAGGUAUUGGGCAACCUGUUGGCAGGGCACUAUCUGUCAGCAUGCCUUAUAACUUUCCGGCGGCAACCUGUAACACCGCCUUUGAAGUUCAAGUCGUCUCUCUCCUGCGUUUUUUGUGGAUUUAUCCAGAAAAUGUGGCGCCCACAGGAUGUGCUGUCUUCUGAUUCUGUUUGUCAACUGGUGUUUGAUCGCAUACUGUGAUUGUAAGCUACAGUGACUGGCGCACACUGUAAUAUUAAGAGCAUAGUGCUGAUAACGGAUGAAGAUCGAUACACUGUGUGCCAGGACCUGGCCGUCCGGGAGAGGAUACAGCGGUUCAACUGUUAACACGUUACAAAUGAGGACACUUGUUUAUCUCAUGAAGACCGAUGCACACUUCAAGCUCUAACACAUCACAGCGUGUCUUCAUGGUGCUUUUGAGCAAACAAUGUUUCUCCUCUCACAUUAAUGACACUGGAUAAAAGUUCACUGGAGCGCACUUUGUCUCUGGAGAGAGGGCUUUUUGUGGAACGGAGCGCGUUUGGCUCCAUGUGGGCACUGAGUGAUAUGCAUUUCUAUAACGUGCAGUUUGAUUAUUAACUCUGCUGCUGAAUGGAAGUUUUGGGACAUUCACGCAUGAGAUAUGAUGGCAGUCCUCCAGCUUUAAAAGUUUGGAUUCUAUCUGUUUCGCAGUAAGGUCGUCGAGGCUGAAAGCAGAAGUGGGACGUAUAUACGCAUAAACACACGUUCUCCGUUUUGUCUAUUCGCGGCGCUUGCCUGCUUUGAAGUCCACCAUGUGCGGCCGGGCACCGCCGCUACAGCCGAGGCCAUGACCGUCCCCCAGCGGCGCCUGGCCGGGCUCGGGCCGUGGCUGCUCAUGGCGGCCCUGCAGGUGGUGCUGGGCCAGCCGGGCCUGGAGUCCGAGCGGCCGGCCCUCCGAGCGGUCAUCAAGGUGGCACUGCUGAAUCAGGAGCCCACGGGGAAGCCCAUCACCCUGGAGGGGGUGUUCGUGGGAGGAAGUGCCGGCCACGCGGAGGGAAAACUAAUGCAGUAUCACCCUCUGUCUCUAUGCAACACGAGCGAGGAUGAACGACAAGAGAGUGACUUCAUCACCAUUGUCAAACUGGAGCACAGGGUCCCCCGCUGUCUGCCGCUGCUUGAUAAGGCUCGCAUGGCGCUGGAUAAAGGAGCUCAGGCUGUUAUCUUUGAUGUCAGUGAUGAUGCCAAUGCUGCUGCUGAGCUGCGAGAGACGGACUCCCUUCCCCGUCCGGUCGUGCUGGUGGAGGCGGAGGAUGCAGAGGAGCUGAUGGGUUUGGUCAACAAGAACGAGGAGGCCAAAGUUCGCAUUGAGGUCAUGAUGGAGCAGCCUAGAUGGCCACAUUAUGAUGUGGGUAUCCUGCUCACCAUCGUCCUAGCUAUUCUGAGCAUUGUCCUAAUCUUCGCUUUCCGCUACAAGUGCAAGUCCAACAGAACGUCGGACUCUGUCCAUCAGCAGACCAUGCGGGCCAUCAGUCGAUUGGAGACCAAAACCUACACCUCCUCAGGCUCUCAGCGCCACCGUGCCGCCUGGGGUUCAGCCAGCAGCUCCAACUCGAGCCCCGUCUGUGCUAUCUGUCUAGAGGAGUUCCAGGACGGGCAGCAUUUGAGGAUCAUCUCCUGUGCUCACGAGUUCCACAAAGACUGCGUCGACCCCUGGCUGAUACAGCACCGCACCUGUCCCCUCUGCAUGCACAACAUCAUGGGUGAGGAAAAGCAUAUUUACAGGACGGAGCGGCAGCCCCAGAGGAACAGACUCCAGCAGAGUUCAGAGCAAAGCCAGAGUUUCCUGCACGCUCAACCUUACAGCAGCCCACGCAACCACCCGUUCCCACAGCAUGCCAUUCCCUUCUCUAUGAGGCCUCACUAUCCUCGUGGGCCCUCUGGACCCUAUCCCUCUCUGGGCCACUACACUGCCUCUUCUCCCAGAGACACCCAAACACUGCGUUUCCUCACCAGCAGGCCGCUUGGCUCCGGUUGUGGGUACCACCUUCCUGCAGAGGGUCCCAGAGGGCCCCACAGGAUUGGAGGUAACUGCAGGACUUCCACCCACCACUACACCCCACGUCGGUCCUGCCACAACUAUCGCUCAUCGUGUCCGGCGCAGCGCAGUGCAUCCAGCUCAAGACUGCACCACGGAGCCUCUGUCACACAGCAGCCCCGCGGAGCCGCAGCUCAUAGUAGGCAGGACGAGGGCAGCUGCUCGGGUGGCAGCUACCACACAGAACGCAGCGGAUACUUGGCUGAUGGGCCAGCUAGUGACUCCAGCUCAGGGCCGUGCCAUGGCUCCUCCAGCGACUCAGUUCUCAAUUGUACUGAUGUGUCCCUGCAGGGGGUUUAUGGCAGCUGGUCCACCUUCCGUAGCUCUCUGAGUAGUGACUAUGAUCCGUUUGUGUAUUAUGGGCCUGGUCCUGGGCGCGCCCCCCGCAGGAACAGCCUGGAGGCAUGUGCCCAGGCCCGGCCCAGGUCUCUGGAUUCUGUGGUGAACAAAGCGGGUUGCCCCGAAGAACAGCCACAGACUGUGUUCAGCCACAUCCACUACCACCGCCACAGACACCACCACUAUGAGGAGGGGGAGCACAGCCAGGGCCCGAGCAGAGGCUCAGAUGAGGAGCAGGGGGCCGUUGCUGCUGCUCCUGCAGCUGCUCCUGCUGCUCUCGUCCUGGACAAAGACUCACCUGUGUGCCCUCCUAAGCACGGCCCCUGCCAGUGCCCAAAGCCAGACCCCACAGAUCGGCCCAGUCCUGGGGCAGAGUGUCAGGACCAUGACCCCAGCGGCCCUACAGGACCUCCUGUACUGUUGUCCCCAAUCCCCUUACAGCUUCAACCCCACUGCUGCCACCCGGGACACGGACACCCUCCCGCUCCUCUUGGGAGAGUGGGUGGCUGUGUGCUUGAUGGCCCCUCUGUUCGCUUCCACCAGAGCCUAGAUCUGCAGGAUGACCGUAGCAUCCACUUCCGCUAUGGUCAGGGCCCGGGCUUCUGCUGCUCUCCCCCUGAGCUGCACCCUGCCUUGCUCCCCGUACCCCUCAUUCUGGACUCUGGAGGUAUGGAGGACUGGCCUUGCUGUGCUGGGGCCCAUGUUGUGUGGCAAAAACGGGUGCAACAGGCCCGCUCAGAGCCCCAGCUCCUGGGGCCUGGGACCUCUAUGGACAGGCCACCCUGCAGGUUCCACCACGGCCCUGCUGCUGACCGCAACACAGACAUUUGUUUGUACUGCCAAACAUUACACCACAAUCAGGGAUCAGAAGAGGAGUCCGGUGUGUGAGAACUUGUUGCAUCCCCAAUUAUCACGCUGCUACACAGGAGCCAGAAUGGACAAGCCUCUCAUUGGCUAUCGCUCUCAUGUCUUCCAUGUAAUUCCACCAGAAAUGCCUUCGUGCAGACGAUUCCCCAGCUCCCCCCAGGACUCAAAGCUCACAUGCUGAAAGUUAGUUCCGUUAUUAAGUGAAAUCAUUGUGAUUGAAUCAUGCUAAAUUUUUAGAAUAAUGCUGGACCAUUCAAAAUAUUAUAUGUCAGAAUAUACUGAAUGUUUGGGAGUUGCUGGGGAAACGGCUCAUACACCACAAAGGGGAAAAAGUGUUUUUCUGUGUUUCUCCUUGUCAGUUAUAGGAAGAAUAUUCAUUACAAACACAAGUCCCCAUGCUCCUUAGUGACAACUAACGAAUGAUCUUUGCUUAUGGGCAUUGAGCCCACAUGAAGUGAGACUCCAUCUCUGCAUUGCUCACUCUAUUACAAAAUAACUUGAUUUAUCUUAGAGGUACUUACUUUCACUUGCGUGAUCUUCGUCUUCCUUCGCUGAGUCCAGUCUCAGCUGAGAGAAGCUUUUCUCUCCAGCCUACCUCAGCUCAGAUUUCUUAACAUGCCUCACACAGGGGGUCUUUAAAGGUACUGCUGUAGUGAUUUUUUUUUUGUUUUUUUUGGUCACAACCAUGUAGCUCCCAUAAACUCAGCAAAAGUUAGAUCUGUCCAAAUGGAGAGAAAGGUUGAUGCUCAGUCCCUCAAACAACAAGCAUUCGCUGAGGUUGCUGAGCCUUGCAUGGGCCUUGUUUUCAUUAUUUCAAUAAUGGCAGCUGUUUCCAACAUGUUUGUUUGUGUUUUGGAUCACUUUCUGUUUCUUUUUUUUCGUAGUCUGUAAUUUUCUUUUUCACCUUUCAACAUGAACCUGUUUGACUGAAUUAUGUGGUCGUCAUUACAAGCUAUUGUCUUAUUCUUGUCAUUUCUCUUGCCAGUGGUUACUUCACAUGUUUGACCUCAGUGCUGUUAAACCCCCUGAUCAGAGGGAACAGGCCUCUUCACGAGGAUGACAAACUGAUCCUCUGCUCCUUUAAUCCAUCACAACGUUGUAGUAUCCCCCACAUAUGGUAAACCCUCCCAUUGUCCUCCAGCAUCUAAAGCUCUAGAAAACUGUUCUACAUUGCAGCCAUAGAAAAGAGAUAGUGACUCUUUAAUGAUGUAACUGGAGUAAAGCCAUGCUAGGUAGACCUUACAGUCAGCUCAGUCGGUUGUCGUAGCACAAGUUUAAUGAAAGCUUGCAGUGCUUUCCCAUGAUUUCAAACCGUAGGCUAGGUAGAGCCUGAGAAAUAUCUCAGGAACAAUCAAACACUGGAAAAAUGGGAAGAAUUCAUCUUAGUUACAGUAAUGACAGCCAAAUUGAUGAAAAAUCCUGUCAUUGUAAAUGUGCAUUGCCCUGCUGUUGAGCUCACAGCACUUGAAGGAACAUUAAAGAUGUUUUCAUUCAGAUAAAUAGUUCAAAUGUUUAAUUCUGUCUCCACACUACAAACAAUAGAAUCAAGGAUACCUACUAUUCCCUCUUUCCCUGUUUAGCCACUCUGGCAGACUGACAGACAGAAAAUGUGUUUAUAUUCCAGGAGAAUUACGCUGAACACUCAAACUGUGUAGAUAAAAGUCAACCACACCGUGCCUUCAAAGACAGCUCUCUUAUUUCCAUCCUAACCACAGAUUCGCAUGUACUCAACUAAAUAAUCUGAGAUCAGAGGAAUGGGAAGCGUGGACUUUCCUUUAAAGUGAAAAUGUGAAAGCAGUCAGAUACAGUUUAGCUUUGCAAAAACAGCAGACAAAGAGCUCAUGGGUAUUGCAAUGUAACCAGUAGCACUUACUAAAGCCUCAUAUGUGCCUUAUUCAUUAAAACUGUUCAUCAUCCUAAAUCUGGAAACUCCGAACACACUAAGCUCUUAUAUGUCUAACCAAAGAGGCAAAAUCUUGAACCGAUGAACUUAUAACAUAGUUUGUGCUUUUUUUUUUCCUGCUUCAACCUUUUCCUUAAUUCUCGGAAUUAAAUGUGUUUUCAGUGACAAGAGAGCAAUACCAGAAUUGAAGUGGAAAUCAUUUUGGACUCAAUAUUAUUGGACAAUCAUGCAGAAUCUUUCACCUGCAGUCCCUUGUACUAAUACCUCACUUUGAAUGUGUCAACGCAGCGUCCUCCAGAUAAAGUAUCAGGGUCUCCUCGUCUGUUAUUUAUCGUGCCCAAACGGUCUACGAGACUGAAAUGGAAAUGACUGAAUUACAAAGCAGCACUUUGGCUUAAGCAGAUUUUAUAUACAUCUAUAUAUAUAUAUUACUAUAUAUAUAUAUAUAUAUAUAUAUAUAUAUAUAUAUAUAUAUAGAUGUAUAAAAUACGUAAAUCUCAUAGUAUUAAUUUAAAACAAGCCCAAAACCAUCAGCACAUGAAAAAUAACAUUUAGUGAUGCUGCAGAGCAUCUGAUGUGAUUUCAUCCUGUUCAAGAUCUUUCUCUUUGUGUAUGUUUAUGUGUUUGUUUUGUUAUGUUUUGUAAGAAUACCGAGCUGAAACUGCCUUUUCUAUGAGUAAAAAUCCCUCCAGAACUUUAAGGGAUAUGUCAGUAUAUUUUGGAUACUUUGUGUACAAAAAGAGAACAACAAAAACACAAAUGAAAUAGUGUUGUAUUUUAUAUAUAAUAGAACAUUUCAAUAUAGUGACAUGUCACUAAUAUAUUUAUUUACUAAUAUAUUUAUCCAUUUUGUCCAGGUUUGAAAGAGUGGUUUCUGUAUAGACUGAAUGUUUCUAUAUGGAAAUUGACCAGUGCCAUCACAGAUGUAUCAACCUGUCUUCAUUCCAAUUAUAUGCAAAUAAAUUAUUUUGAAAUAAAA